AUGCCUACAACUAUUCUCAUUGACACACAUAACACCAGUGAACAACAGCAACAACAACAACAACAACAAAUAGGUUCAAAUCGUUCAUCGUAUAUUCAUUUAUUAGCAGGAGGACUUGCUGGUACACUUGGAGCCGUACUAACAUGCCCAUUAGAAGUAAUCAAAACUCGUUAUCAAUCAUCAAAGAUUUCCGUUUCCAAAGAAUAUAAUUAUCUUAAUUUACGUUCAUCUAUGAGUAAUACCGUAAGAUAUAAUAUUUACCGUUCAAUGUCAUCACAAAAUAAACGUCCAAGUAUCAUAGCUGCGUUUCGAUAUAUUCUAAAAUAUGAAGGUAUUCCAGGACUUUUCAAAGGUAUAGUACCAAAUUUACUUGGUGUAGCACCAUCCCGGGCAAUUUAUUUCUUUGCUUAUGCUAAUACAAAAUCAUUUCUAGUCGAAGAAAUGGAACGAGAAACACCAAUGGUACAUGUUACAUCGGCAGCUACUGCAGGUAUUGCUAUGUCUACAUGUACUAAUCCGAUAUGGUUUGUUAAAACUCGACUUCAACUUGAUCAAGGAAAUCUUCGUGCUCUCGAUGUUGUUCGAAAUAUUUAUCGUCAAAGUGGUUUUCGAGGCUUCUAUAAAGGCAUAUCUGCAUCAUAUAUGGGUGUAUCGGAAACAAUAGUUCAUUUUGUUAUUUAUGAACAACUAAAAGCACAAUUACAAUUAAUGCAAGCAAAUCAAAAUCGUACAUCUGACGAGCCUGAUUUAUUUGAUUUUUUUUCAUAUUUGGGUGCUGCUGCAUGUUCAAAAUCUUGUGCAAGUACAUUAUGUUAUCCUCAUGAAGUUAUUCGAACACGUUUAAGAGAAGAAGGUACUAAAUAUCGAACACUUAUUCAAACAAUACGAACAGUUAUAUAUGAAGAAGGUAUGCCUGGUCUUUAUCGAGGUUUAUUAACACAUCUUAUUCGACAAAUUCCUAAUACAGCUAUUAUGAUGAGUACAUACGAAAUAGUGAUUGCUUUAUGUUUAACAAACACGACAGCACCAUCAACAGUUGAAGUAACAACUGUACAAACAACAAAAGUUAUACUAAAGAAAGUUGAUGCAGAAGCCAAUGCGUUAAAAGAAGCUGAAGCAUAA